AUGCUUGCCAUCGAAUGCAUCCACUUAGAAGUGUCUCCUCGAACAGAGUGGAGCGACUACGAUGAGGUGGAUUAUGCUCGUACCCAGUGGCUGCAGUCCCUAAAACCCAACAAUGGUCCCGACUGCAUCAUCAAUCGUUGCAUCAAAUCACCUCAGGUGACACUGUACGAAUCGGUGAUUGUCCUUCGUUUGCAAGACGUCGUUGCUACGUGUGUGAUGUUGGAAAAUCAACGCGAAGAUGAGCGUUGGCCUCUGCCGGUUGGGAAUACUCACACCUACAAAAGGCGCACCAUUAUUGAGGCCUUUGAUGAAGAGCAGCAAAGUCUCACCUCUAACACCUUCUUUGCCUCCGACACCGAAAUGCACAAGCUACCGAUGAAGGCGAGCCUUAUUUCCAUUGACUUGACCCAAUGCUUUGCGCAUGGCAUCUCCGAUGUAGGUACGUGGUUUUUUCACUCCCUUUUAUUUUUAUUUUUUUUUUCGUUUGUAUCACACUUUGCUAUAUUUUAA